UAACUUUGCGUUAUUUUCUUACGAAACUUCCCUGAGACACGUGGGUCCAAUUCGCUGUCUCCUCAAAGCAACCAGAGACAAUGUUUCUUGAAUUCUAAUCCUUUAAUCUUUUUUGGUUGCACUUCGGAUCUAGCUCAAAAAAAUACAGUAUUUUCGCUCUGUAAUUACAAAUUUUCUCGUUUUUAAGCUGAAGUGAAUGUUAUCCCAAUUGGGUUAGUUGUGAUCAAGCAGUUGAAGAUUUUUGUUGCAAAAUUUGCCAGUUAUCCUGACUUUAAUGUGAAGUUGGUAAAUUUUUCAUUUGGGUAAGUUGUGAUCAAGCAGUUGAAGAUUUGCACUUUGUAUUUUUACUGUGAAAUUGCAGUUUUGUUGUUUAUAGAUGGGGUGGAAUUGUUAAUUUCUUUCUAAAGUUUUAAAGGGUUGAUUUGGUUAUACCUGUAAUAGGGAGAAUAUGAGUUGUAGUUUGGAAUUUGCUUCUUUUCUUGGUCAGCAUAGUUGAAUGUUAUGAGAAAACUUAUGGAAAGUUUUGGUCCAACUUUUGUCCUUUGAGAGGAAUUUGUUGUAUUGGUGAUUGAUUAAAAUUUUUAGAUUUUCUGGACUUUGACUAUCUUAGACGUAGAUAAAUUUUGUAUAUGUUUUUAGACCAUUAGAAUUGGGAAAUGGAUUGUUCUGCUGAACCAUCAUCAUCUAUAAGCUUUACUUCAUCUUCCAUUACAUCGAAUGGGUCGAUUGGCGUUGGCCAAAACACACAUGCUUAUGAUGGCUCUGAGACAGGGACUAGUUACGAAAUCAUCAGCUUGAGUAAACUCAGUAACAAUUUAGAACAACUCUUGUCAGAUUCCAGCACUGAUUUUAGUGAUGCUGAGAUUGUUGUUGAGGGAGUUUCGCUUGGUGUUCACCGUUGUAUAUUAGCUGCCAGGAGUAAAUUUUUUCAGGAUCUUUUUAGGAAAGAGAAGGGAAGUUGUGGAAAGGAAGGUAAACCAAGAUAUUCUAUGACCGAUAUUUUGCCUUAUGGUAAGGUUGGAUAUGAGGCUUUCCUUACUUUCUUAAGCUAUUUGUACUCGGGAAAGUUGAAGCAUUUCCCUCCGGAGGUAUCAACAUGUACGGACACUAUAUGUGCUCAUGACUCUUGCAGACCAGCAAUUAGUUUUAGUGUGGAGUUGAUGUAUGCCUCUUCCGUGUUUCAGGUUCCAGAGCUAGUGUCACUUUUCCUGCGACGCCUUAUCAAUUUUGUUGGAAAGGCUCUUGUGGAAGAUGUUAUCCCAAUACUUAGAGUUGCUUUUCAUUGCCAAUUGAGCGAGCUUCUCACUCAUUGCGUUGAUAGAGUAGCACGAUCAGAUCUUGAAAUCAUAUGCAUUGAGAAAGAGGUUCCUUUUGAAGUUGCAGAGAGUAUUAAAUUAUUGCGGCCGAAAUGUCAGGUUGAUGAAAGUAAGGUUCUACCUGUGGAUCCCUUGCAUGAAAAGAGAAAAAAUAGGAUAUACAAGGCAUUAGAUUCGGAUGAUGUUGAACUGGUCAAGCUUCUACUCAACGAGUCUGAGAUAAGCUUAGAUGAAGCCUACGCUCUUCAUUAUGCUGUUGCAUAUUGUGAUCCCAAGGUUGUGACUGAGGUUCUUGGACUGGGUGUUGCUGAUGUCAAUCUACGUAAUACUCGCGGUUACACUGUGCUUCACAUUGCUGCCAUGCGUAAGGAGCCAGCAAUAAUUGUAUCGCUUUUGACUAAGGGAGCUCAUGUGUCAGAGAUUACAUUGGAUGGGCAAAGUGCUGUUAGUAUCUGUAGGAGGCUAACUAGGCCUAAGGAGUACCAUGCAAAAACAGAACAAGGCCAGGAAGCAAACAAAGAUCGGGUAUGUAUUGAUGUUUUGGAGAGAGAGAUGCGUCGCAACCCAAUGGCUGGAGAUGCAUUGCUUUCUUCCCAAAUGUUGGCCGAUGAUCUGCACAUGAAACUGCACUACCUGGAAAAUAGAGUGGCAUUUGCACGAUUACUGUUCCCUCUUGAAGCCAGACUAGCCAUGCAAAUUGCGAAUGCUGAGACAGCAGCUGAAUUCGCGGGCCGUUUGGCAUCUAAAAGUUCAUCUGGAAACUUGAGGGAGGUUGAUUUGAAUGAGACACCCAUAAAGCAGAAAGAAAGACUUCUUUCAAGGAUGCAAGCCCUCUCGAAGACAGUUGAGCUUGGCAAGCGCUACUUUCCGCAUUGCUCCCAAGUUCUGGAUAAGUUUAUGGAGGAUGACUUACCCGACUUAAUUUUCCUUGAGAUGGGCACUCCAGAGGAGCAAAAGAUCAAGAGGAAGCGAUUUAAGGAGCUCAAAGAUGACGUUCAACGGGCAUUUAACAAAGACAAGGCUGAACUUCAUAGCUCUGGCUUGUCCUCCUUUUCCUCUUGUGUCAAACGUAGGAAACUAUGAGUAACGGUUUUGUCCUAUAAGUUCUCUUACUUCUCUACCAUCUCAGUUUUGGAUGUAAGAUUAAUAGAUUUCAAAAGACUUAUCUUGUAUAACCUUCAUUAGAGUGCCUGCUCUGUCACUAUCCAUUUCCUAAUUCAGCUUGUUAAACUA